AUGGCACAAGAGAACAUUGCUGCAAACAAGUUUAACGCCUUGAUAACUUUGCAAAAAAACAACAAAUGUUCGGCCCUAAGCGGUCUUGUGUAUAGCCAUGGUGACUCAGUACAAGAUAUUGAACAAGCAUUAGCUACGAGCACAAUUGAGCACUUAAAGUGUCGCAUUGCCAACAGCAAAUUUGUGGGUUUGAUAAUUGAUGAAACAGUUAGCAUCACAGUUGAAAAAAUACUCAUCAUGUUUCUAAGAAUUGUUAACUAUGGAAAGGCAGAUACUGUUUUUCUCGGCAAUCACACUGUGCAUGACGGCACCGCUAGUACCAUCACAGACAAGAUCAAGGAAGUGUUUCGAGAAUGGAACAUUCCUAUCAACAAAGUCGUUGGUCUUGGCUCCGAUGGUGCUAGCGUGAUGACCGGUCGUAAGUCGGGCGUGGGGGUGAGGUUGACAGACGAGUGUCCGUUCUUAGUGCAUGUGCAUUGUAUCGCACACAGAGUCUCCCUCGCAUCCCACGAUGCCGCCAAGAUGUCAAAGGUUGUCACUGACUUCACUAAAACGUUGAAUGAAAUCUACAAACUCUAUCACUAUUCAGCUGUUCGUUAUGAGCGUCUGCGAGAUUUGUCCCAAGUUCUCAGCGACACAGAAUUCUCUAGCUUAAAACAGCCAUGUAGUGUUCGUUGGUUGUCUUUGGGGCGGGCUGUUAAGUCUACCAAAGACAACCUACCAGCACUAUGUAUGGAAAUUGAAGAAGAGGCAACAGCACGACAAAAUCCUGUAGCAACAGGCCUUCAAAGAAAAAUGAAAACUUUUUCCUUUGUUGCCCUUUGCUACAUGCUAACGGAUGUUCUUCACAUCAUGGACAAGCUGAUCACAGUCUUCCAACGGGAUGAACUCAACCUUGGUUGCAUUCAUCCCGUUGUGAAUGCUUCUAUUGAAUCGUUGAGCGAGCUCCUCACUUCAUCAGGUCCUAGUGAACAAUAUUUCCUUGACAACGUCAGUGAUGGAGUUUUCAGAUCCAUUAAGCUCACGCAUGAUGACCCACGGUCGCGAACUGCCUUCCAGAACACUCGGUCGGGUUUCAUCACAGACCUCUGUUUAUCGUUGAUAGUUUUGUAUUAUGUAACUCUGAUAGUUACAUGUGAAACACAACAGACAAAGAGACUUUUAAAUCUGGACUCCAAGAGAUCGAUAUCAUGUAACAAUUAG